AUGUUGUAUUUGAAACGAUCAGUUGUACUUUUGUUGGUAUGUUGUUUUGUAAAAACAUGUUUUUCGUAUGAUGGAGAAAAUGGCUACAAGAAACUGUCACGUCGGAAACGAUACGUCUCUUUUCCUGAAGGCUCGAGUUUUUCGUGUGCUGCUUGCAUGACAGUGGGUUUGAUAGGACAACCAGCGCCAUCUACAUCUCCAGGAACCUUUACGUUUGGUCUUAACUGGGGUAUAGCUUACGAACUACCCAAUACAACUGAGACGGCGCAAUUCUUUCGUAAGAAAUACAGAAAACCAGUCGCACAACGCAGAAGUAGACGACAAUUGUAUGAGAAGAUUGAAUUGAUACUUGACAAUAUGGGGUACAACGGCCGACAAUGUAUUUUGAAGACUCUCUGUGAGACAACACAACGUAUCGUGCCUCAUAACGAAAAUAUGGUACAAGAAAUAUUCCGAACACUAUUCACAAUGCCUUUGACAAAAGUCCUCAAAACGGAGCCGCUACAACAUACAAUAUAUGACUCGGCGCAUCGUCUUGGUGUUUUGUUGGAAAGCUGUGAUAUCUACAAAUGUCCGUUGUCGCUAGUGGACUGGGCACAAGGCUACUACAACGCCCCCGCGCCGCAAAUCGACACUGCGAGAAAUCCGUGGGCCUUAUUCAGUAGUAAUUUUGGUUGA